AUGAUAGUCAAAGACUUGGCCAAAGUUGUUCGCGGAGGAAGGAUCCAACUUGACGAAUCGUGGGAAAAAUACAUGGUUGCUAGCAGGUUUAGUAGAACAUCAACGGAUUCUAAAUUUGCUAAAGCUUCGCUUCAAGAAAAGAAGGUCAGACAGCUUCUACACAGCUGGUGCAACGGGAGUGUGAUUGGUUGGUCAAGGCUAUCAAGUGAUCCCAAAGGUUGGGAGAUUUCUGUUAUCAAAAGCAAGGAACUUCAAACUUUGAAGGUUAAUCAGGAGACAGUCAGCCUAGCAAUUGAUUUUCACACCUUCUCAAUGGCCUGGAGAUCCUCUUUUGUUUACGACUCCAUUGUUGGCUGA